UCCAUGUGCUACUUCCGGCGGACGUAAACAAUGAGGUGCUAACAGUAUUAGCUUCAAGGCUUCCUCCUGUUUAUCAUCGGUUAGAAGACGACUUUUGCUGUGUGAGAUCUUCCACAGCAACAUGUCUGUUAUCACUUGGAAGGUUCUUGAUGGUGGGUCUCCCAUGAAUGAAGAGAGAAACAAAGUUGAACACAAGAUAACAAGCACUAUAAAAAUAAAAGAGGAACCAGAACCACAGCAUAUUGUUGACAGGAAAGAGGAACUGAAAUCUCAACCAAUGAAAGAACAAGUUGAACGUUUUAUUGUUCAGGAUGAAGGGCAGCUUUUAGUGAAGCAGGAGACCAACAACACUAUGGUGUCUCCUGCUGAUGAGAACAUAUUCCACAAUGAACCAGAACUACAGCCAGUAAAGGAGGAACCAGGACCUGUAGAGAAUACAGAAGAUGGCGAACCAGAACUUAUACAGAUUAAAGAGGAACAUCAGGAUCACUGUUGUCAUCAGGAUGAAAAGCAUUUUGACAUAAACCAGGAAGCUGACAUCUUUAUAAUGGCUCCUGCAUGUGAGCAAAAGGACAGCCAUGAACCGGAACCAAACAAGAACCAGCUCCCCUCUGCAAAACACCAAGAAGAUGAGAACCAACAUCAGCAAAGAAGCAACCAGGAAGACUCCGGAUCAAGAAGAGACACAGAUCUGCAGUCAGAGAAGAAACCUAAGAGCACCAGAAAUCACAGGGUCUUUGUGAACAAUUCAAAACAAAAUGGACAUAAAACAAAUUUGCCAUCAUGUGAAGUAUGUGGGAAGUGUUUUGCAAAGCGCAAGUAUGUGACUGUCCACAUGAGAACUCAUACAGGAGAGAAGCCGUAUCCCUGUACAUUUUGUGGUAAAUCUUUUAUUGACCAUAGCACCAGAGCCAGACACACCAGAACACACACCGGCGUGAAGCCAUAUCCUUGUGAUCUAUGUGAUAAAUCAUUCACACAACCCAAUCACUUGGCUCAUCACUUAAGAACUCACACAGGUGAGAAACCUUUCUCGUGUCUGACUUGUGGAAAAGAUUUCAGCCAGCAGUCUAACCUAACUGUCCACAUGAGAACUCAUACAGGCGAGAAGCCUUACUAUUGUGAGCUGUGUGAUAAAUCAUUCAUCCAGCCCAGUGGUUUGGCUCGCCACCUCAGAACCCACACAGGUGAGAAGCCUUUCUCUUGUCUAACCUGCGGGAAAGGUUUCAUCCAGCAGUCUAAUUUGACAGUUCACAUGAGAACUCAUAGGAAUAAGAAGCCACCAUUCACAGUCUAGUUCUUUUUUGAGUAGUGAGUAAAAAUUAAAUUUGUUUCAAUAUUAAAGGAAAAUGUCAAUAUCUGUCUAUUCUCAAAGCAACAACCAGCACCAGGAAAAUGAACUGUAAUAUUCUGCUGCUCAUCUAGAAAUCACUGAAUUAUUUCAAGUAUGAAGCUGAAGAUUCAAUGUUUCCAGAACCAAACCAGCUGAGGCAGCUUUUAGCGUCUAUGCUCCUCAACAUUUGAUCCAACUUUUGUUUCUGUGAGAUGUUGAGUUCUCUCUUUUUUAAAGCAAAAAUAUUGAGGUUCUUGUUAAAGCACUUUAAAUCCUCUUGUAUGAAUGUUGGAAUACAAAUAAACUCACCAGUUUACUGUAGUGUUUAUGAGGUUUACUUCAUUUUAAUUUAUUGAACUGUUUUUAUUUUCUUAUUACCCAGCAUUUGAGGGUUUUAACCUGAAAUUUCAUAUUUAGAGAAAAGGGUUUUAUUAUCACUGUUCUUUUUAAGUGAUUUACAUGUAUUAUUUUCACUGCUGUAAGAUGGGAGAUAAUAAAAAUUUUGUCUUA